AUGUCCGAGCAUUUUCGCCGCAUCAUUAAACGGGAUCCGGCGCCGUGGCAACAGAUCAAAUUUCGUUGCGCCAAGUUGCAUCGCGUCACGGACGCGGUUACGGGGGAGGGAAGCUCGCACUACAACACCAUCUAUGACUAUCAAAAGAAAAAAGUUCGUCACGAUCACUAAUGGGCGUUUUUGCAAUACAAAAUUGUCUGUCAUGCGUAAAAAUGCAUCACAGCCACACUUCAUAAGGGAUUUCCCUAGUGUUUCUGCAAUUAUACAAGGAGAAGCUGUGAUGCUAAAAAAAUUUGUAAUGCAAAAUCUGCAACUUAGUGACAUGACUGUGACAAACUUUUUUCUCUCCAUAAUGACGUUUUCAAGAGCCGGGGGUGGAAGGAAUGGGGCGUCGAUGACCUGCCGUCGCCGCGGACCCCGCGCAGCGGUUAUCCUGAGUAAAAACGUACCCACACCAUAGUUGUCAUGCAAAUCUGCAUGCUGAAAAUGUUUCUCAUGCGGAGCCCCAUGAGAAGCGUUUUCUAGUCGUGUUUUGCAAUUUGUCAUGCUCCAAUCAGCAUGAUAUGCUAGAUCUGUCAUGCUGCUGAGCUAGCUCAAACAGCACUACACUACGAAUCCAAAUUUGUCAUGCAAAACAGCCAAAACUUGUGGAUUUGUCUAGCCGAUUCCCCAUCUUGACUCUGGUGUGGGUACGUUUUUACUCAGGAUAGCGGCGCGUCCGUGAUUUCGUCUGCGUCGGCCGCGGCCGGCACGGAAGGCGGAGGAACGGGAGGAGGUGGUGCUGCUGCGUCGAGUUCAAACGUCGCUCGCCGCGGGAGUGCAACCGGGAGAGCGGGGCAAUCGGCUUCGUCAACAACCACAAUGUCCACUUCUGGGGGCGUUGCUAUAGGAUCUGGUGCCGGUGCGUCUGCGUCAACGACUAAUGACAGCAUUCCGGGGGUAGUUGCCACCAGCUGCAGUACAACGGGUACAACACCUACUGCCGCAACGAAGGGAGGAGGUUCAUCUGUAUCUGCGCGACCUGGUACUAGCGGCGCAUCUGGUAUGGGCGGUCAACCGAUUUCUUUCCUUGCUUCUUCGAGCACACCCCCGACGACGUCUCCGCCCGGAAGUGCCAGACAGCUGGGAGGUCCUGCGAGUACUGCCAGCGGUGGUGGCUCUGCGGUUACAGGAGCGACAGGCACGUCAACAUCCGCGAGUGCUGGCGGAGGUGCAGUGGCUGCUCCUGCGGGUACCAGCGCGGUGAGCACGAAGCACUUGAAGCAGGAUUGGCACAUCCACUGGGCAGACAAGGACUGGAUUCACGGGGAGCUGGAAAAGCUGCACCUGGAGCCCUGGCAGCGCGUGAACCAUUUUCGCAACCACUACGAGCUGACCCGCAAGGACCUCUUAGCAAAGAACGUGAAGCGGCACAAGCGUGCGUUGGAAAAGGAAGGUAGCGCGCAGUCACUGGAAACGGCCCGAAAGUACGAGGAGAUGAUACCCAUCACGUUUCUCCUGCCUCAGGAAUACAGCAUGUUCGUCGAAGAGUUUCGGCGGUGCGGGAAGCAGGUGUGGAUUAUGAAGCCCGUCGGCCGGAGUCAGGGCACUGGCAUCUUCAUGGUCACCAAGCUGAGCCAGUUGGCGAACUGGAAGCCCGCGACCGGGGGCGGCGCCGGCGGCGGGGGCGAUGGCGGCUACGGCGGCGCGGGCGCGGGUGGCAACGAUUUCGACCCCGACGAGGGGCCGGCGGAAUCCUACAUCGUGCAAAAGUACAUCGA